UCAGCCCACCAGUCCAGUACAGAGUACAGCAUCUCACUCCAGACACCCAACACAAGACGUACAGAGUACAGCAUCUCAGGACACUCCAGACACCCAACACAAGACACUUGUGAUUAACUAUUAUAUAGAGGCAUUUCAAACCCACUGUGAGGACUAUGCCACUGUUUCGCUCCUCCCCUAAGAGCCCUCAGGAGCUGGUCAAGUCUCUAUCGGAGGCCAUUAAAGUGUUGGAUGCUGCUGAACCUGGCUCCAAGAAGGGGGACAAGGCCGCUGAUGAGAGUGCCAAACUGAUAGUGAGCAUGAAGACCAUCUUGUAUGGCACAGAGACACAAGAGCCACAGACUGAACUGGCCGCACAACUAGCACAGGAGUUCUACAACCAUGACAUGCUUCUUAACCUCGUUACUUCCCUCCACAAGCUCGACUUUGAGGCAAAGAAAGAUGUUGCUCAGAUAUUCAAUAACAUCCUUCGUCGGCAAAUUGGCACCCGAUCACCAACUGUAGAGUAUGUAUGCACCAAAUAUGAGAUCCUCGUCAUGCUUGUAAAAGGGUAUAACAAUCCUGAGAUAGCACUCAACUGUGGUAUGAUGCUGAGAGAGUGUAUUCGUCACGAGCCACUAGCCAAACAUGUCAUUGAGGGGGACCAGUUCUACUCAUUCUUCACUUUCGUUGAGCUCUCGACAUUCGACAUUGCCUCAGAUGCUUUCUCCACGUUUAAGGAUCUGCUGACAAGGCACAAGAUUCUCUGCGCUCAGUUUUUGGAGAAAAAUUACGACAAGGUGUUUGACCAUUACCAGCAUUUGCUCAACUCAGAGAACUACGUCACACGGAGACAGUCACUCAAGCUGCUGGGGGAGCUGCUGUUAGACAGACACAACUUCACCACCAUGACACGUUAUAUCUCCAAUCCUGAGAACCUGAAACUAAUGAUGAUGAUGUUAAGAGAUCGAUCGAGAAACAUUCAGUUUGAGGCCUUCCACGUUUUCAAGGUGUUUGUGGCAAACCCUAACAAGACAAAAGCCAUUCAGGACAUCCUGCUCAAGAAUAAGGACAAGUUAGUUGAGUUUCUCUCCAAGUUUCACGAAGACAGAACAGAGGACCAGCAAUUUAACGAUGAGAAGUCGUACCUGGUAAAGCAGAUUCGUGAGAUGGUACCCACACCAGUGGAGGGGGCGGGAGUGUGAGCGUGUGUGUGUGUGUAUAGUGUAGUAUCACAGUGAAAAUAACAUAUUAUUAUUAUAGCUGUUUUAUCUAUGUUUUAUAAUUAUAGUAAUUUGCUCAUUGGCAGUCUGUAUUUUGUACCUCAUAAUUAUAAUUACGAUUAAUUCA